AUGGAGAAGGAAAUAAGAAGUAGUGUGAAAUACAUGGGUACCGCUCGAGAAAUCAGGGCUGACAUCGUUGAAAGAAUCAGAAAAGAAAGUGCGCCUAGGGCUUUCAAGUUGAAGCAUGCUAUCGCGACUACACAACAAUCCAGAGCGUCCGUUUCUGCAUAUCACACGAAACUCGAGGGGCUUUGGGAUGAAAUAGGCUUGGUAAUGCACACACCGCAAUGCACCUGUAAUGAGUAUAGUUGYGAUCUUGGAAAAAGGAUGAAUGAAUCCAAGGAGAAAGAGAGACUUUAUGAAUUUGUCAUGGGUUUAGACAAUGAAUGUACAGUGAUCAAAAUGCAGAUCCUUGCCACAAAACCUAUCUCUAGCUUGAGCAGCGCUUACCAUCUKGUGGCAGAGGAUGARAGCAAAGGACCAUAUCACAUGACAAAAGACCUACAACCGAAGUCGCUGCCUUUAAGGAUUUUACUCCAUGUYGUAGAGAUGGUGUUGGAGGCCGUGAAGCUCAGAAGCGUGAYAAGGGUACUAYCAAUGACCCAAAACGCAAUGAUGUAA